AUGUCUGAUUACGAUGCUACUGCUAUUGGUGAAUAUGGAACGGAGCGCCAUGAAGGAGGGUGUAUUCCACACGCAAAAUCAUGGGGAGUGGUGUAUAAGCCGACAACAACACGGCCCUUGCUUGACAUGUCGCAAGGUGUUCCAGGAACUCCUCCACCCAAAGUCCUUCUCGAGGCUCUAUCACAAUCAUCGUCUUCUCCGAAUCAUCAGGAAUCUGCCCUUCGUUCGGCCUUUGCGGAGGAGAUGAAGACAGUAUAUGGACGAGAAAUGGAUAUUACCCAAGAUGACAUUGCUAUCACAGCUGGGUGCAAUAUGGCAUUCGUUGCGACUGUGAUGUGUCUUGCUGAUCCAGGAGACGAGAUUAUCCUGCCAGUUCCAUGGUACAUUUGUCGUCUCUCCUUUGUGAUCCUGCUCAAAAGACGUCGGAUAGGUAUUUCAACCACCAGUAUGGCCUUCCUUCCUUCAACAAGCGACUGCGAGAAGUUAAUCAACUCACAGACAAAGGCAAUCGCGCUCGUGACUCCAAACAACCCAACAGGUGCAAUUUACUCUCCAGACUUGAUCUCAAAGUUUGCCGAGCUCGCACAGAAACACAAGAUUGCUCUUGUCCUCGAUGAGACUUACCGAGAUUUUGUGGACACCAUGCCUCCGCACACCCUUUUCGCUCCAUUUCAGACGGAGGUGUUAAAGUCCUCUUCGUCAUGGAGAUCAAACGUCACUCAUCUCUUCUCCUUUUCCAAGUCUUACUGUUUCCCUGGACAUCGGCUGGGUUUGAUUGCAGCGUCACCCGACCUCUUGAAACACGUCACCACCACACUCGAUUGCCUACAAAUAUGUGCACCACGCCCUCCACAAUUAGCUCUCGCUUCUCCAGGCUUGUUGCCUAUAUUGCGUCAGUCAAUCCAAGCCAGUGCUCAAUCGCUUAAAAUACGCCACAAUAUCUUCCGCACGCAUCUCCCUCCCAAUUGGACGAUCGGAUCACAAGGCGGUUAUUUUGCCUUCGUAAAGCACCCUUUUGUCGGGAUCCCUGCAAUCACAUUAUGCCAACGGCUUGCGGAAGAACUCGGCGUUUUGGCUCUUCCCAUGCAGUUCUUCUGCGAUGACAGCAUCGGACCUGACCUCGAGUCAUUUGGUCAGUCAAAGACGGACUGGGAGCGCUGGAUUAGAUUCUCAGUGGCGAAUGUGAGUGAUGACAUGGUAAAACAAGUAUGUGGGCGACUGCAUGAGUGCGAGUGGCACCUCGGUUUGAAAGCAGAGUAG